UGGUUGUUUUUCCCUUUUGCAGCAUGCAGAUCUGAGCUACCUCAAGGAAGAGGUGCUGUGAGAACGCUGUGAUAACUGAAUGGUCAGUGGGCAGCUUUGAUCAAGAAGCAUGGCACACAUAUUCAAGACACUCAACAGCUGGUUCUGGUGGGAGAAUAUCUGGAUGCCAGUCAAUGUCUCGUGGGCACAUUUUGUAGACCGUGAGGGCCUUGUCUUUCCAAAACCACAUCAAUUAUAUGCCACGAUACCGUAUGCUUUUGUGAUGCUGAUUAUUCGAUUCCUCAGUGAAAGAUUUAUUGCCAUACCUCUAGCAAAAGCCUUAGGUAUAAAGAACGUAAGACGUGUGAAGCCACAGCCUAAUCCUGUUUUAGAGAGUUAUUUCCGGGAGUGCACAAAACAUCCAUCCCAAUCAGAGAUUCAAGGUCUGGCUAAGAAGUGUAACUGUACGGUCCAUUUUGUGGAAAAGUGGUUUAGGAGACGGCGAAACCUCGAGAUCCCAACGGUGCUUCGGAAAUUCCGGGAGGCUUUCUGGCGAUUUUCGUUUUAUCUUGCAUCAUCCAUUGCUGGAUUGAUAUUUCUAUAUGAUAAACCUUGGUUUUAUGACAUAUGGCAGACGUGGGUUGGCUAUCCCUUUCAGACCCUGCUACCAUCCCAGUACUGGUACUACAUGGCUGAGAUUAGUUUCUACUGGUCUCUCUUAUUCACUCUUGGGAUUGACAACAAAAGGAAGGAUUUUCUGGCUCACGUCAUUCACCACUUGGCAGCCAUCGGGUUGAUGAGUUGCUCCUGGUGUGGCAAUUACGUGCGUAUUGGGACACUCGUGAUUUUUUUGCACGACACUGCAGAUUUCUGGCUCGAGGCAGCCAAAAUGCUUAAUUAUGCUCACUGGGAGAAAACCUGCAAUACGCUCUUUGUCAUCUUUGCUAUCACGUUCUUCAUCACAAGAAUCAUCCUGUUCCCCUGCUGGAUUCUUCGUGCCACACUGUAUCAGCCCACAUACUAUUCGACAACUCCUGUCAUAGCAUAUUUUUUAUUCAAUGGACAACUAUUGAUCCUUCAAGGCUUGCAUUUAUACUGGGGUUAUUUAAUUUUCAGGAUUUUGAGAAGGUUCAUUUACUUAAAGGACUUGAAAGAUGAGCGGAGCGAUGAAGAGGAGGAAGAUUCGGUGACGGAUAAUGAAGAGGAGUUCCCAAAGAACGGCACCAAGAACGGCUGUGGGUCGAGCAAACAUCCCCUCCUGAACAGCAGCCACCACUAGCUCCCUCCUGCAGUGGGUUCUGGUCUGUUUUCAACCCAACCUUCAGGAUAAAACUUAAGUCAAAAGGCUUAUGAGAGACUGUGA